AAGAAGGAAGCCACGGAGGCCACGGACCCCGUGGGGAACAUCCAAGACAUGGAACUGAGAGAAGAAUGGCAGGAUGACGAAUUCCCACGGCCUUUGCCGGAGGAAACCUCCGAGGAAGAUCUAGAACCUUCCAGCUCGGAACUGAGUCCAAUCGCCUCCAACACCCUGGAACUCUCCGGCCGGAGACACAUGAGGAAGCGUCUCCAGGCCCCGGAUCUCAGCGAGGGCUCGGUCAAAUCGGGGGAGGUCCCCGAAAGCACCCCGGACGGCAGCUUGGACAUCAACCUGGAUGAGCUGGAGACGCCCUCGGAAAGCGAGUUCCAGGAGGGCCCAGAGAGCGGGCACGAAUUCGAAUGGGAAGAUGACCUCCCGCGGGCCAGGCGGGUGGAGGCCAACCUGCCCGAGAAAUUCUGCAGCGGCCGCGUGGUAGACACGAAGGGUCCCGACGGGCGGCUCUGGCGGAUCUUCCUGGGUGACGACCACGAACACAAAGUGGAUCUAAGCACCAUCGAGCCUUACACGAGGGUGAUCUCCCAUGGAGGUUACUGCGGGGAAGGUCUGAAUGCCGUUCUCGUCUUUGCUUCUUGUUACUUACCCGAAAGCAGCGUCCCCAAUUACCCCUACAUAAUGGAGAAUCUCUUCAGGUACAUAAUAGGAACCCUGGAGCUGAUGGUCGCCGAGAAUUACAUGCUGGUGUGUCUGAAUGGCGCCACUUCCCGGAGGCGGUUCCCACCUUUUACCUGGAUCAAGCAGUGCUAUCAGACGAUCGACCGACGGCUUCGGAAGAAUUUGAAAUCUUUGGUCAUCGUCCAUCCCACGUGGUACAUCAAAGCCCUGAUGACCGUGUUUAAGCCUUUUAUCAGUUCCAAAUUCAGCCAGAAAGUGAAGUUCGUAGACACCUUGGAUGAUCUGGGCCAAAUCGUCCCCCUUCAACAGAUGCACAUCCCAGCCUGUGUCCAGCAGCUACAUCCGCCCAGCAGCAACUCCUGAAGCCCUUCCGCUAGCCCAGACCGGCUGGAUGGCCUCUGGGGACCCUCCCGCCCUCUCAACGCUUCCCCUCUGUCUUGCUAUUCUUUUUUCCAAUGGAUACAAAAAACCAGUCUCGCUGCCCUCGCCUCCCCAGAGUUAUGGGCCGCCUCCCUAUCCUCCUGCCCAUGGUGCACCGCCCACCCCACCCUGGGAA